AUGGGAAUCUGUUUGGAUACAGAACAAAGUGAUGGUUCUCAAGCUUUCGAAGAAGGGCAGGACACUUGGGUGCAGAAUACGCCACGAAGGGCCGAACCGGGUGCGAAUACACCGCCGACGGGGAAGUUACCCAUGCAAAACGACACAAAUGUGCAGUUUGAAUCGCCAAAAGUGCCGGUUAUAUUUGUUCUUGGGGGCCCAGGCAGCGGCAAGGUGACUCAUUGCGACAGCCUCAUGCAAGAAAAGAAAGGCAUCACACACAUCAACAUGACUGAUCUCCUCCAGCAAUACGCCAUCGGCAACGAUGGACAAACGAGCUUAAUCAAUAUCGGUAGCGUUCCCACAAAUAUGCAAGAUUUCGGCUUGUUGUCGAGUAAGACCGUCACCGAAGUGCUCAUGCUGGAAAUGAAGAUGGCGCCGACGGCGAAGACGUAUCUCGUUUCGGGGUUUCCCAGAAAUAUGAGAGACGUCGUCGAAUAUUCGGAAAAAAUCCAGAUGUUAAGCGGUGCGAUUAUGAUCUCUUGGCGGCAAAAAGUUUUGGAAAGACAAAUCGAUUAUGGUGCCAAAUUAGGUCAAGUGGUUCUCUCAUUGGCCAGAAUGGAACUCAACAAUUUUUACAAAAAUGUGAUGCCAGUAGCCGAUUACUUCGACCAGAGCAAUAUGCUAAUAUCGAUAAACGGCGAAAGACAUCCUUCAAACGUCUAUAAGGACUUUCGAGCAGCAGUAUUCAAAAUUCUCGGAAUGCAAGACAACCCUCCAGUAUUCACAAACGGCAAAGUGGCCACCGUCCCAACCGACGUCACCACCGAGCUUCCAACAGUGCAAGCCUUACCUCCGGUCCCGACAAAUGUGCAAACCAACGAACCCGAGAGACCCAAAACCCAGGUGAUUUCAGUGACGACCAACAACCAGCACAACUACCAGUCGCCGGUGAAGGCCGGAUGGCCCCCAGUUUUGUGGGUCAUCGGGGGCCCCGGGAGCAACAAGGCGGCUCUGUGCUCGCAAGCGGCCAAAGACACCAGAUGGACGCAUAUCAGUCUGGGGAAGUUGCUCAGAGCCGCAGCUGAGCCCCCUGAUCCGAGACAUAACAGCGAAACGGCCAAAAUUAGGGAGAGUAUAAGUGGGGGAGAGUUGGUGCCCCUGAAUAUCGUGAUGAAGUUUGUGGAGUCGCAUAUGGCGGCCAAUAUGGCGGCGCCGGGCAUCAUCCUCGACGGGUUCCCGAGGGAUAUGACGCAAGCCACCGAGUUUGAAGCCAAGUUCAAACAGAAGCCGUCGAUUGUCCUCCUCGACUGCUCGAAGCUCCAGCUGGGGCGAGGGCGUCUGGACGACAGCGUGACGGCUUUCAGGCGCCGCUUGGAGAUUUUCAGACAGUCGUCGUUGCCGAUGCUGAAAACGAUGGACAACAUAGGGAGGUUGACGAUCGUAGACGGGGACACAGACACGGCCCCCGUCCAGGACGAUUUCAGGAACGUGGUGAAGGAGCACAUCGAGUAUUUGAAGCGACAGCAGGAGGAGCCCGUAGCUAAUGGGUUUGCCAAUGGGCAUGUGCCCAACGGGGAGGCUACGCUCCAGGACUUGGAGGCGGAACCCAUCGAGACCAUCAGCAAACACGUGAGCAAUGGGGUGGCCCAUUCGGUGGCAAAUGGGGUGCGCACCAUGGCCAAUGGGUUCACCAAUGGGCACAUACCCAAUGGGUAUGCCGCCUUCGACGGCCCAGAUAACAGACACAUGUACAACGAACUUAAUUACAUGGAAGGACACAUUUAGUGAUUUGAUUUGUGAUACUAAGGACUUGUAGGUAGUUUUUAGUGUUAAUUUAGGGCUCAAGUGUGCCUUAUGGUCGGUUUUAAUGAUUGAUGACGAGUUUUUUAAGACGGGAUCCAACAGUAUUCUAGAUAUUUAAGCAUAGUAUUAAACACAUUAUUUCAUAACGUUUUUACUGAAAAAAGCCGCUGGUCGGUUUAUUAUUUCAUUGUUAUUGAUAAGUGAAUAAGUGGCAAACAUUUGAGAUUCUCUAAAAUAGUUGCACGAAAAUCACUGCACGAGAUUUCACGAAAUAUAUUUUCAAAAGUCGAGUAGUAUUUUCAGCCUAUCGAAGUUUAACUGUAAAAACUGGCUUUUUCCUGAAUUCAAGAUAGGUGUUUAUGCUACAUAUGGACUGACAAGUAUUUUUUUACAAAGCCUGUUUUUUAAUCAAAGAACUUGAUUUUGGCUAACGUGAGUUUAUUUCCGGCUGUUUCAUCUUUAUUGAAAAACAGAAAUUAGUAUA